UUUUAUAUAUUUAAUUUCAAUCAUUUAAUUGUUUUUGGGGAUUUCGUAGUUAUGGCAAAAUUUCGUUUGCGAGUUAGAGGUUCGAAGGCUUUCAAGCCAUCUAAUGGAAGUUCUUCGAGCAACUCAAAAGUGACAAAGCAUAGGAGUGUUGCCAAGUCUAAAAGGCUGAUUGAUAUUUCCUCUUUGGGUAGUAUUAACGAUGGAUUUAAAACUAUUGAAGAUGGCGAUGAUAAGGCUUUUGAUGAACAUUUGCCAAUUCAUCAAAUGUCUCUUAAAGAAAAUGUUCGACAAAGGAGUGAAGAAAGCACUCUACGAUCAACUGAACAUUCUAAAAUGCCAUUGGAAUCUUUGAAUCAAACACGAUUUUCAAAACACGACCAGUUGCUUUGGAAGAUGUUGCCUUCAAACAUUUUAUCUUCAUGUUCUCGUGACUAUAGAACUACUUUGCCUAUGUUUGUGCCUGUUCUAGGUGCUGCGUUAAACGAACCUGAAUAUUGUGGUAUUUCCCUCGCCUCGAUUCGUGCUGCUCUUCAGAUCAACAAAGAGAACGAUUUAAAAAUUAUGGAAAAGUAUGCCAAGAAUUUUCUUCCUAUCUUGUUCAGUAUAUAUACUAAUGGUGUUGAAGAUUUGUUUGUAGAAAACAAGCCUAUAACUAAGGUUGAUCCUAAUGCUGUUCAUCAAUCAACUUUGGCAACCAUACGUCUCUACAUGCACGCAAUUCCUAAAUCAUUACUUAAACAAUACAUUGCAUUUGCAACGACGAAAUUAAAUGAUCAAAAAAUAAUUUCCGAACAAAAAGUAUAUUUUAAAGGCAGGCCGAAACUUGCGGACCGACUUUUGCGGACCGAAACUUGCAGGCCCGACGAAUUUCUCAAAACAUAG